CCUUGAUGGCAUAAGCUCCUUCAUGUACACGGGUUUGUGGGCUGUGGGGACCCUUCAUAGCACGGCGACCUUGUCCUUACAGAGGGUAACUAUGGUUUGUAUGAGCUCCGGCUCAUGCACCGUCUCAAUAUUUUCCUGUCCUGCCACGGCCACUCUGGCUGGAUGUGUGUAACUUCAUGAGACAUGUCACUUAUCACCCCAUGUGCUCAGUAUCACACGAUAUACCUUAUGAUUACGGUCAUGUCCCUUCAUUCUCUUAGUCUACCUUCAUCAUGGCCCCCAUCAUCCGACCAGCCACCAAAGCUGACCAGUCUGCCAUCUCCAACAUUUGUCUGCUCACCGCAAACGCGGGCACAUCAUCCAAGCACUUGCAUUCCCAUCCUGCACUCCCAGGCCUCAUCUACGCCCUCCCCUACCUCAUCCUUGAAUCAACAUGGGGCUUUGUACUUGACGACGACGGAGAAGUCGUAGGGUAUACCCUCGGCGCGUUCGACACGCGCAAAUUCGAGGAGAGUGCAGAAACCGACUGGUGGCCCUCACUCAAAGCCCAUUACGGCCCCCUGCUGCACGACUCCGCUGCAGCGCUCACAGCUGCUGAUAGGACUUAUAUCAACACCAUUAUGACCUUCCCAAGAGCAAGUGAUGCGACGAUGGCGUUCGCACCCGCGCAUUUGCACAUUGACAUUCUGCCAAGCCAUCAGCAGCAGGGAUGGGGGCGGAAGUUGAUCGCACGAGCGAUGGAGAAUUUGAAAGAAAAUGGUGUAAAGAGUGUUUGGUUGGGCAUGGAUACGAGGAAUACAGAGGCCGCGGCGUUUUAUGCGCGAUUGGGUUUCAAGAAGUUGGAGGGCGCGGAGGAUGGCAUUAUGGGUAUCACAGUGCAGGAGUGGGAGGACUACGCUGUUUAAAGUUCAACUGCGAAUACAGAACGGUUCUUGAUGACACUAAUACUAGGCACUCCUAAUGAACAUUUCAAUUACGGAGUCAGGUAUUCGAGAUAUGUGAUUGAUCUAAGAAACAACUUUAGCACUAGUGCAAAUUUGUGACCUAUCCAUCCAAUCGCAAGUCAUGGACUUGAUCGUGAUGAGUCCGUGCUUUCGAGAGUAUCUCAUUUGACGAGAGGUUUGGCCUGCGGGUCACCUUGGCGAUUUAUGCACCAAAAUCACUGCCCACAUCCAGC